UUCGGUUAUUGAGUGCUAGUUUAUUAAGAAAGCGUUUGUCAACACUGAUAAAACUUUAAUAUUUUUCUCAAUUUUAUGAAAACGUAAACGUAAGACAACAAACAAAAUGUCACACAUAAGUCAGCAACGAUUGAUAGAAAUGGAGGCGGAGAUGGACAGAUUUGAGCAAGAGAUAUUAUCUGAACCAUCUGCGAGUGACCUCCCACGUGUUGUAAUUGGCUCUAAUACAUACCACCAGGUGUCGGCACAGUUGAAAAUGCUUCGAGCUCAAUCUGGAAUGUCAAUAGAAGAGAGGCAGAGAAAACAACAAGAACCCCCACCACCACCCUCCACCUGCAAUGACUUCCACACCAUCCUUCAUGCCGCCACAGUACGGCACAGAGCCCCUCCUCCCCCACCCAACAGACCUCCUAUGGCAGGACCACCAAGAAUGAGACCCCCACCACCACAUGCACGACCUCCAUUGGAGGCCCUAUGGACCGGGUCCAAUGGGACCUGGUCCCGGAUAUCAUCACGGGCCGCCCAAUGGGUCCAGGGCAUAUGGGCUGGGACCUGGGCCAGGACCUAUGAGAGGUCCUCCUCCUAUGGAAUGAAAGACCAGGAUUUGUAUGCCAGGACCUCGCCCAACUUUGGUACAUCAGAGAAGUCAACAUCUGAGGAAAGUAAAUCUGUAUACACAGUGACGAUGCCACCACCUAUAAAACCUCAACCUGAACCAGAUGAUGAUCUACAUGUAGCAGAUAUGGAUAUUGAUAGUCAAAUUAUGUCAAAUAAAAAGGAGAAGAAAGAAAAAAAGAAGAAAUUUAUACGUAUGGCUGCAGGAACAACAUGGGAGGAUCCAUCUCUUGGUGAAUGGGACCCAGAUGAUUUUCGAUUAUUCUGUGGUGAUCUUGGUAAUGAGGUAACAGACGAAGUUCUAGCCAGGGCUUUCAGUAAAUUUACCUCAUUUGUAAAGGCAAAGGUAGUUCGAGAUAAAAGGUCUAAUAAAACUAAAGGAUAUGGUUUUGUGAGCUUUAAAGAUCCAACAGAUUAUGUUCGUGCAAUGAGAGAAAUGAAUGGUAAAUAUGUUGGGAACAGACCAAUAAAACUGAGAAAAAGUAAUUGGAAGGAGAGAAAUAUUGAUAUAGUGAAGAGGAAAGACAAGGAGAAAAAGAGACUAGGAUUAAAAUGAUGAGACUUGUGAGAGGGAUGUACAUGUGAAUAGUUUUAUAUACCACAACACUGAUUGACGACCAAACAUUUGAAAUGAAUUGUCCAGUCAGAUAUCGUCUUUCAGAAAGUGUUAUCCUGACAUAUAGUGCUUUAGUCCUGGUGUUGAUUAACUUUUGCAAUAAAUCUGUUUCCACUCAUAAAUAAUUGGAAGCAAUCAUGGAAAACAAAAAAUCUCUUUCAUAUACUUUUGCACCUUAAUUAUAAAUGUGCAGUUUUGUUUAACAACAAUAGAUUUGUUAACUAUGAUCAUACUAAGAAGGUAGUAUACAAUAAGUUGAGAAGGAUAGUUAGAAUAUGACUAGCUAGCCAACAAAAACACAUUUCUCCUAUACAGUCAGUAUACUUGUUCUGAAAUAACUUUUAUAUGUCUCAUACUUUAGGACAAUUUUUAUUGUGAAGCCUGAGAAAAUAAACAGAAGCACAAACAUAAACACUUAGGUAAAUAAAGACUUGGUUCAAAUUGAUUCUGUUUUGAAUGAUAAAUUGAAAUGUUACCAUUAAGGCUAUUGGUACUUUGCGAAACGGAACGAAACGAAAUGGAACGAGGGGCACCAUAUAGGGAAAUUAAGAAUUUAAGUAUUCUAGAAAUCUACAAUUAAUAUCAGACAUUUAGACAAGAUAGUUUGUGAAUCAUGCAAACAUUGGGACAUGGCAAUAUAAGUGGUAGUGUUCUUAAAAAGAAUGCAUAGACUGAAUGCAGUGAUUGAAGAAUAAGAAUGUAAAACACAAAUUUUAUCCGAUCUUUUUUAAGGAUUACAGACCCAAUUGAGCCUGUACAUGUAUGUGAACAGCAAUUAUUGGUAUUUUCUAGUGUAAUGAUGUCAGUGGAUUAUUAAACACUAUCUAACGUGACAAAUGUACUAAACAUAGGUAAUUAAAGAAAAACUGGAAUCAUUAUGAAAUGCUGUAUGUAAAUGUAGGUGUCCAAAAUGAUGCAUACAUUAAAUAUAUUUGUUAAUGAA